UUUCAGACUAUCUUGUUGCAUGAUGGAUAAAGGACAUCCACAAAUCCUAUCUAUCCCCCAGUUUCUACAGCAAGCCCGGGGAGCAGGAGACAGGAAUAGUGGAGAGUAUUCCAGCGCUAGGUUCAGUAUGGAGCAGGAGGAUUCAUCUGACACGGAGCAAACCGAUUCAGAUCUUCAUAACGAGUCAAACCAGGGUGAAGAUGGUGCUGGGGAAAGUGAAGAUGGAAAAUCUAAUAAACUAACUCUUUCAAUCCUUCUCAGCGAGGGAUUAAUUGAACCCGGAGACGGUGUUCUCUCGAUCGAUUAUCUUGGACAAUCAUUCCGGGGCGAUCUUCUCCCGAUCGGAAAAAUUCGAUCGGUGGAGACCGGAUUAGUGUUUAAUAACCCUAGUGCCUGGGCGAUAUACUGCAAGAAGAUAAUUAACCCUGCCAAGAAGUCUGGGUGUGGGUGGGCGAGUAUCAAGUAUAAAGGGAGAAAAAUGGAUUAUUUCAAGAAUAUUUGGUUAAAGCGGAGAUCACAACGCGAAGCGGAAACUGCUAAAAAUGAGGCAGCGCAAGCAUUGACUGCGUUAUCAAACUCCCUAGCAGGUCACAGUGUACCGUCGUCAGCUGGUCAGUUGGAUAUUAUUCCUGUCCACGGUGUCCCUCAUCCUCUACAACCUGGAGGUCAACACACUCAUCCUUUACAUCCUGGAGGCGUUCAACCUGGAUCUCAACCCUCUCAUCUUCAUAACCAACAUCAAUCAGACCCAGAAGUGCAGGUGGGUGGGGGGAAAAAUUUCUAAAAAUAAUUGAUCCAG